CAUCUCUGAGCCCUGUCGCCCAUCUCCACAUGGCCACAGAGCAGGCAAAGGGGCAGCAUGGCCCAGACCUGGCCCCCGGCCCUCAGAAGCCCCUUGAGGGGGCCAUGGCUCCCACGAAUGGGGCUGAGGGGCACCCUUUGACCAGGAGGAAGAGCAAGAGGGGGCUUCGAGGGUCCCGGAAGGGCAGCUCUGGGGAGCAGACCCCCAUCCAGGGCCCUGAGGCCCCUGGGAGCAGCAAGAAUCCCUCUAGGACCGGAGAAGGGCAGGAGGGGCCAACCCCUGCAGCCCCUGGGUCAGCCUCUCGUCGCCAGUCCCACCGGCAUCGUUCUGACCCCCAGCAUGAUGCUGCUCAGAGGACAUACGGGCCCCUGCUCAACCGUGUCUUCGGGAAGGACCGCGAGCUGGGCCCCGAGGAGCUGGAUGAACUUCAAGCUGCCUUUGAGGAGUUUGACACCGACCGCGAUGGCUACAUCGGCUACCGGGAGCUGGGCGCCUGCAUGCGGACACUGGGCUACAUGCCCACUGAGAUGGAGCUCAUCGAGGUCUCGCAGCAUGUCAAGAUGCGAAUGGGUGGCCGUGUGGACUUCGAGGAGUUUGUGGAAAUGAUGGGCCCAAAGCUGAGGGAGGAGACGGCACACAUGUUGGGGGUGCGGGAGCUGCGCAUCGCCUUCCGAGAGUUUGACAAGGACAGGGAUGGACGAAUCACUAUGGCGGAGCUGCGACAGGCGGCACCGGCUCUGCUGGGGGAGGCGCUGCUGGGUCCUGAGCUGGACGAGAUGCUCCGAGAUGUGGACCUCAAUGGGGACGGCACUGUAGACUUUGACGAGUUUGUGAUGAUGCUUUCCACCCACUGAGGCUCCGGGAGAGGAGACUGCGUCACCCCUCUGGCCCCAGAAGCCAGCAGGGUUCAUGCUGCACACCCUCCCCACGAGGCCCGAGAUGGAAGAGACCCAGCAGCCCCCAGGCUUCUUCUGCCCCUGACGACACCUGGCUGCAAAGUUGGCUUGUGAUGUCACCGACUCACCCUCAUCCUCGUGUCCCUCCCACGGGAGCUGCCUGGAGGAAACCUGCCCUCAAGUGCCCAUCAUUCCCCGGUGUGAGCAAGAUUUGGAUCUCUCCAGCCCCUUGGGAGGUAGGGAGCUCCCUGGCACUGGCAGCAUUCAAAGACGUGGCAGUGCUGGGAGGGAAUUCUGGUAACAUGGUGAAUAGAGGGGGCGGCUGGAUGCUUCCCACUACUUAUUUGUAGAAGUGUUUAAAAAAAAAAAACAAACAGGGUGAACUUCAAAGAAAGAAAGGGAUGACCCCAGGUAGUAAAGCUAGGAGGUGGGAGGGAAAGACACCAUGGGGGCUUCAGACUUGGAGAGAGGUUCGGGAGCCUGGGCUGUGACACUCAGGGGUGACGAGGGACCUGCAAGAGGCUGGGGAGCAAGACGUGACCCUGAGUCCAUUCCAGGGUCUCAGAGGGCGACCCUGUUCUUGAGAAGGGACCAAACUAUGCCUCGACCUAGCAGGCUGAGGAAGUGGCAAGGGUACAGGGGUUCAAGGCCUCGAGCAGGAAAAGCUUCCCUGGAGAACGUGAAACUCGGGGCUGCACCUCGAGCAGGAGCGCGGUCUGUCACUACGGUCCGAAAAGCUGAAGAAAUAGGAAAAACCGCUGAGAAGGGCACUCUCUCCACCCAGGGCCCAGGAGGCUCAAAAUGAAAAAAACAACCACCCUGUCACUUCUGAAGAUGAAAUUACAAAUGAGACGAGGCAGAUGUGACAAACAGACUCAGCACCCAAGUGUGUCAAUGAUAGAACAGUCCAGAAGAGACCACAAAGUCAAGGGAAAAAAAUAAAGAUAAAAGAAGGAAGAGAGAUCAAGAUGCGGUUACAGGAUAAUAUGAGAAGAGAAAAGGAAGAUUUGAAAAACAGUAGCCCAGGGGCUGGCCCCGUGGCCGAGUGCUUAAGUUCGCGCGUUCCGCUGCAGGCGGCCCAGUGU